AAACUGUAGCGAUAGUGUCGUAAAACCUCAAAGUGUCGGUGUUUUUGAAAGAGUGAACUGUUAAUUUUAUCGGUGGAAACUAAUCUUCAUGGAGCUCACAGUUGAAAAUAUGCGGUUUUAUUGAUGGCCGUGUUUUCAUUUGAGUCGCUUUUGUUUUACGCCAAAAUGAAGCGUUCGCUCGAACACAGCAGCCGAAAAAUAAGUUGAGCUUUAGCAAAACAAAAUCGAAAAUGGCAACAUGCAACAGCGAAGUAAAUGCAGGAUCCUGUUCUGCGGUGGAGGUGAACCCAGACAUCCACAUCUGCGGCUUCUGCAAACAGCAGUACAAUAAUUAUGAGGUCUUUCUCGCCCAUAAGCAAAACGGAUGCUCCCUUCCUUCCUCUCAUACCGCGGUCAGCUCUGUAUCAACCUCUCUUACAGGUUCCAGCACAGAGUUUGUUCUUGAGGAUGCUUACCAGGUCUGCGUGGUGAGGGGUGUCAAGAAGUCCUUGACCAAAGCACAGAAAACUCCAUCCAAGAAACUAAAACCUGCCCUGACUUCCAAAAGACACUCCUGCUGUUUCUCAGGUUGCACUUUUAAGACACAGUAUGGCCAAAAAGACAUGGAGCGACAUCUCAAGACUCACACCGGCGAGAAGCCGUUUGAAUGCGAGCUCUGCCACAAGCGCUUCAGCCGGCGUGACAAACUGAACAUGCACAGCCGCUCCCACACGGGCGAGAGGCCUCACAAGUGCAAGCACUGCUCGUACGCAGCAGCGGACAGCAGCAGUUUGAAGAAGCACCUUCGGAUCCACUACGACGAGCGGCCGUUCAAAUGCCAGAUCUGCCCUUACGCCAGCCGCAACUCUAGCCAACUCACUGUGCACCUACGCUCUCACACCGGUGAUGCACCUUUCCAGUGCCAGCAGUGCGACGCAAAGUUCAAAAUCAACUCCGACCUGAAGAGGCACCUCCGCAUUCACUCCGGGGAAAAGCCCUACAAAUGUGACUUCUGUGAGUACCGCUGUGCUAUGAAAGGAAACCUGAAGUCUCACACUCGCAUCAAGCACGGCACUGAGAACUUGUUUCAGUGUGAACAGUGCGACUACAAGUCCGCCAGCAGGUCUGCUCUGCGGCAACACGCGAAGCAACACCUGCCCGCUCAGCCCUUUCAGUGCUCCAAAUGCACUUACUCAUGCUCCAGCAAGGGGGCGCUCAAAGUCCAUGAGCGGAUCCACUCAGAGGAGCGCCCCUUCAGAUGUGACUUGUGCAGUUUUACCUCCAAGCGACUCAGCUGUCUGGUCACUCACAGAGAGCAGUGUCACUCGGAUAAAGCAGAGAGAGGAAGAGUCAGGAAUGCCGGCAGAGGUGGACAAAACUCUCCUAAACCCGUCAGUUCUCGCUAUCGGGCCAAACUGGAUGCAGCCCGGGCCUUCCACUGUGACUUGUGCGAUGCAUCGUUUGUGAGGGAGGACUCGCUUCGCAGCCACAAGAAGCAGCACAGAGACGCCCAGGACACGGUGCAGCUCCAGCUUUCCAGCUCAGCAGACACGGUCAACCUGGUUCCCGUUACAAUGCCGCAAAGCAAUGCUCAGAUUGAAGUUCCCUUCCCAUCUAGUUCAAUGGUUUCGUACAAUAACGCACAGAUUAAAAUCAUCGUCCCACAGCCUUUGGGUCAGCAAAGCACCUUAAUCCCUGCUGGUGGGGAUGGAACAAGCAAGACCAAACUGGUUUUACUGGAGCCAGAUAACCAAGACGUCGUUGUCAAUCAAUCUAUGAUCCAACAAGUCAACCUGCUGGCAGCUGUGCAACCUCUCGGGUCGUCUUGCAGUACCGUCAGGGCCGAACCCCAGACUGUCCUGCUGACAAAGCUGAGCUCAGACAAUAACACCCCUCAGGACUCCACCAGCACGCAGACUUUGAUCACCUACAGCUCUGAUCUGGAGGGCCUCAGCACCUUCAUUCCUGAUGGGGGCACAGAACUAAGAGUCGUGACAAAAAAGAGCUCACCAUUGGUGACAGUAGCAACUUCACCGGACAUGGUUGGCUCCAAGCCUGCUGAGCCUUGUCAAGAAGCUGGACUGGUGGUUCCAAACAUUGGCAUUGGUAGCCAGAACGUGGUCAUCCAGGGCGUUCCACUGAUAAUGUGCACUCAGCCACAGCAGGGCGCGGUGGAACAGCUCUCUCCACACACACUCUAUGCAGAUUCACACACACCUGGAAGCAUGCCGCAAUGAGUGAAAUGAAAUGUACUUUACAUUUCCAAUGAGAAGUUCACAUAAACUCAUCAUAGGACUCAAGUUCUAUGUUAUUUUGGAGCUUUUUAUUAUUUAUUUGAACCUUUCAUACAACAUACACUGCAAUACUUUUUAAAAACAAGCAUCGGGUGCACAAAUUUAAGUUUUAAUGCAUUAUGAAUUAUUCACAUUAUACACCUCCAGGAAGAGUGGAUUAAAUGUUUCUUAGCAAGUUUCCCCUUAACCAAAUGCUUUUAGUUAACAUCAACAAGCCUUUUUAUUGAAUAUUUGACCACUCUUUCAGUUUGUUUACUGCUUUUAACCAUUGUCAAUACAUUUUUAAAAGGUUCAAUGGGUGAGCCAAUUGGAAUUGGUCACCCAUCAUAUCUACGUAAACACAGCCAGUCCUAGUCUUUAUUGUUGCUCUCAAAACUGUGCAUGCUGCUGUUAUAUGGCAGGUUUUUUGGGAUAUAAAAGUGUAGAAUAGCCAAAGAUGUUCCCAAUCCAAGAAAUAUAGUCCCUCCAGGGUGAUCUGGGUCUACCUCUGGGUCUGCUUCCAAUGGGAAUUCCCUAACCUCGCCAGGGAGGAGUCCGGGAGGCUUCCUAACCAGAUGCCCAAGCCACCUCAAUGGCUCGUCUCUACUCUGAGUCCCUCUUGGAUGAAGGAGUGUCUCACCCUGUUUCUAAGGGAAACCGCAGACACCUAGCGGAGGAAACUCAUUUCAGACGCUUGUAUCCACUUUCUCAUUCUUUUUGUCAUUACCUAAAGCUUGAGACAAUAGAUGAGGGCAGGAAUGUAGAUCAACUAGUAAAUCGAGAGCUUUACCUUUCGGUUCAGCUCUCUUCACCCCAACAGACCGAUACGUAUUGACUUCACUUCAGAUACCACACUAAUUUUCCUGUCGAUCUCCCACUCCAUUGUUCCCUUUUUUGUGAACAAGAACCCAAGUUAAACGGCACUACUUUGGGUAGGACCUCGCCCCCAACCUCGUGAAACACUCUAUCCUUUUCCAGAUCAGGACUACGGUCAAGGUGCUGAUCCGCAUCCCGGCUGCUUCACAUUCUGCCUGAUGCCUCCAAAACAGAUUCCCUCAACAUCUUGGCAUUGCCUAGAAAUGCUGUCCAGAAAGGUGACAAAGGGAAACCUCGGAGUCCAACUCUCCUUUCAAAACUUUUUCCACAACUAAAUUGGUAUUAACUCCUUAAAAUUGAAACCUAAAACUACCAACUCUGUUUGAAGAGCAAUCUAAAAUCUUAAUUGGAAAGUGGAGGGAAAAAAUGGUUCAAAUAAAAUUAAUAUAACAACUUGACCAUGAUGAGUGUAAGUUAACUUGUCACAGGAAUUGCAUAUUUAAGUGAAACUAUACAUAAGCUCUUCUAAUUGUCUGGAAGAAUUGGGGAAAACUUCAACAAUAUCAAUACUGUUGACUUAAGCUGCUGUUGAUUUGCCUGAGAAGUCUGACAUAUGAAUGACAUCAUGCCAAGCUGAAAACAUGGAUGUAGCUGCAGUGUAAAAACAACAAAUGUUACCAAGUAUUUUUGUUCUAGUUUCUGGUGCUAAUAUUUUAGUUUUCUCCUAUUUCAAGUGUUCUAACUUACAAGCAACUUUUCUGCAAGAUGUAGAACCUUUCAGGUCAAUAACUCUUGACUAUUGAUUAAAACUAUUAGUUCCACUGGCAGAUUUCUUUACCUAUCACAAGAUGUUCUUUCCAUAUUAUAAGUGAGAAAUAUCUUACAGUGGAGCUAGUAGUUUUGAUCAAUAUUAAACCUAAAUUGACCUAAAACAAGCUCCAACAUGUUUUGGAAAAGUUACAUAUGACUUAGAUUUGUCUUAUUUCAAGUGUUCUAAUAUAUUUGCACUAGAAACUAAAAAUACUGGUUAUGAUUUUGUGUUUUUGUAGUGUGUAACUAGCAGAUAAAGUGUUACAUUUCCUAUAGGCAGAUAAAUUACAGUUGAAAGUUGCGUUUACAGGCAAAGUGAAUGACAUACACUGACAGGAGUGAUGACAAACUACAGCAUUUGUUUACACAGUGUUUUCCUGCUCACUGAUGAAUGCCAAUUUCAAUAAAUUUGUAUUCAUUUGAAUUUAUUUUGCUUUUAUUUAUUUGAGAUUCGUUUUAACUGAGUAAUAUCCUGCAAAGUGCUAAGGAGCAAUGACUGGAACCUGAAAUCAAAAAUGUCGGGCUCAUGCAUUUUUUAGUUUGUCCAUAAGGGGGCAGCAGAGUGUCAAGAGUAAAGGUUGAGGUUAACUUUGAUAUAAUGCGUUGUUUACUUACAUACUCUAUGUGCAUUUUUGAAUACUUCCCAGUCGUCUGUCUGAAUCAACUGAUGUCAAUUGUAAAUAACAUUAGUUCAACCAUCAAGGUCUUUGAUUCUAAAAGCCAAGCUGCUCCAGCAAUAGAUUUUUCAAUAAAGUGGGUGUUUUGCUUGUUGCCAUCUAUUAUUCUGGCCAUUUUUACACACAGAUGUCAGCCCUCUGUAUUCGUAAGCAGAAGAUGCUUCACCUGAAUAGGAGGCUCCUGUGAAUUGAUUUCUUCGUCUCUCGCAUUCUGGCACUAAUGGAUCCACUGAAGCACGCUGCUGCAUUUACAAGCUCAGCAUGAGCACAAACUCAAGCAAAGUUACUUCCUGAUGGAGAUGUCUGUCAACACCAAGGGUUCACAUCAGAGUUAGUUUGCCUUUGACAAAUGGAAACAUGAUUGUGCCCCUUUAGUAGUUUCUGAUUUAAUUGGGAGUCCUUUUAUCUUUUCUGUGGAAUAAUUAUGAAGGGUUUUUCAGGAUUCCUUGAAGUGCAUGUUGGUAAAAGCCUGUGGAGGUUAGAGACAACCGUUCUGCAUUGCAUGUAAAGUUUCAAACAACAAUACUGAUGAAACUACAAACAGUGAAAAUAGUUCAUUAAAACUGCAUGUUAGGUUUAAAUUAGGUGAUGCAUCACCUAUGCUUUUGUCUCAUGUGAUGCACAUUUGUUAGUAUGUAGGGCAUUAUCGGUAGAAAGGUGUGAAAAUUGCUAAAAAAAAAUCAAAAAACCUGGAACUAAAAAGCCCAGGUUUUAGUUCUGUGAAGAACUGAGAACAAGAUGAAUUUGCACAACACUUUUUCAUUUUGGGUAAUGACUCUUACUAGCAUUGUUCAUUUUGAAUUGGCAAUAUUUUCCCAUUCCUCUCUGCAAGAACACUCAAAAUCUGCCAGGUUGCGAGGCCAUAUAAUGUGCACAGAAACCAGUGUUCUAAUGAUCUGGAUGUAUUCUUUGUGUUGUAGUGAAAGAUGGAGUUCCUUCCUCGUCAUCUUCAAAGUUCUAGCAGAAGCCCAAAGGUUUGGUUUGGUUUCGACAUUUACUCAUAUGUGGAACUCUUCAUGAUUCCUUCCACUUAAAUCCUCAAUUGCAGCUGAAGAACGCAGCUCUAAGGCAUGAUGGAGCCACCACCUUGCUUCACUGUGGGUAUGGUGGCCAUUUUGGUGAUGUCUGAAAGGGCAGCCUUGCUUUCAUUAUAUCGUAACACUGUUUUCCCACCAUUGGGACUCUUCAAAUGUAACUUUGCCAAUUUUAUCGAGGUUUGGGAGGUUUGUUAUUGUAAGAACAAUCUUCCGUUUUUCAUGAGUACAGCAGAUUGUUGUGAAAUUUCUGCUGCUCCAUCAAUAUGUCUCUGUGUUAAACCACUUGAUGACAUUUAAUGCCUUGAAAGUAGAUUUGUUCCUUUCUUCUGACUGAAAUCUAUUUUUUAAAAUUCUACAGUUUUUUGGAAUUCAGUGAUGAAUGCUUAAAAGGCCAAUCCUAUAGGCUAAAAGUGUGAGCAUAGUUUUUUUAUUUGCUUAUGGAAAAGCCACUGAGUCAUCUGUAUACAUUUGAAAACUAAUAUUUGCUCAAACAUGGGUGACACCCACUACAAGGCAGUUACUGUAUGUUAUUUCUUGAUUUGACUUGUCCAUCUUGGAAACUUAGUUGAUUUUCUAAAUGUGAUCUGAAAACCAACCUAGAUAUCCAGAUGUUUUUAAUUUUGGUUUAUUUGCUAUAACAGAAACAAAAAGCUAAAUAAAAUGAAGUACAACAGGUUCUGAAAGGAUAAACCUUAACAGCGUCAGUGGAACUUAUACGACAUACUGACUCCUCUUACCAUUGAUUUAAAUAUAUUUUUGAAAUUUUGCACAGGUUGCAGGUAAUAUUAGUGAUGUAAAAAGCUCUGAAAUUAUUCAUUAAAUGUCAGGGGUUUUUUUGACAUCACAAACUCUGACAAAUGUGCGGAUUUAUGUUAUGUCCAGCAUGCAAAACAAUACAGGUGAAACAUAAAAUAAGUGGAAUAAUCUUGUGUAGCACUUAGCUGCAAAAGAUGAAACAAGUAGUUACUUUGGUCAAUAAUUUUUAUCUAUUUGAUUUCCUUUUUCAAGGGUUUUGCAUCAUUUUGAGGAAUAAAAGAAUUUGCCACUCCUCAUAACGAUGAGUGUUUGGUAGAAAACGCAUGAAGGGCUCUCUCCGGCGUAUCUCUUUGAUCUAUUAUCUAACAUGCUUCCAGGCCAUAAUCCUGAGAGCUCGUCCCACCAACACACACACACACACACACACGCACACACACCCAAUCCACUCGUUUCCCUCUUCCACAUGUGACAUCAGGGCUGAAGUCAGUUCUCUUUCUGUGGGGGUGGGACCCCUGUAGAGUCUUUAAACCUCACUGUAUGGCUGCAGGAGGAGCAUGGCUGGAUAAUGAUGGGAGUGUUCUGUCAUAUUGAUUGUUUUUAUACAGCAAAAGCCUCCUUUGCUAUAUCAGAUAAUCCUAAAUUAUGCCUCAGUUAAAGGACCUGUCUUGCGGAAGGCAGCAGGAGUUUAAAAACAAACCUCUUUAUACUGUAUGGCACUUCUUCAGUUCCUUCCUUCCUGUGUUUGAGAUGUCAGCCUUUGAAUGGAGCCAUAAACGUCCCUCCACCCCAAAAAAAAAAACUCACAGCCACUCACAGCUGCUUAAAGAAAUCGUAAGUUGUGGAGCGCUCCUUUUAAGCAGAUCCAGAGAGGAGUUUGUUCAGGAGAGAAACACCGACUCCAACGGAAAAGCCUUGAUUUGUAUCAAAACAGGCCGGUGGAAUUAGAAAGUUGCCUCCUUUUACCAUAGGCGUCUAAUUAGCGACUUGGCGCAUUUUUCUGCCCCUCUGCACUCCUCCAGGUGCAAUCUGUCACUUACUUCAACAAUACUUUACUGACCUUUGCUUUGUUUGCACACAAUUUGCUAUCCCAUCAGCAAAUGGCAUUGAAUGCCUUAAUGAAAUUACCUGAUUGGCAGAGUAUUGAUAUGGAUUUCUGGGUGUUUUUUUUCAAUGCAGGCAUCUUUUCGGCGUGACACUAUUGACGUCUUAAGUGAGUUUAGAUUUGUCAGGGCACUGCAGGCUUUUAUCUUGUCUCUGGUCAAUUCUUUUUGUCUGUGUGAUAGAAAUUCAAGAUGAUAGGGCUAUUUGAUCAGCAGUUUGCGGCCAGCUGACAAAAAGAAAACCUAUGUAAUUUGCCUUUCUGAAUGCAAUGUGAUUAUUUGCUGAGACAUUAUUAGUCUACAUGUGGAAUCCAUUGAAUCACAGUGGGGCAAACUCCAACUUGAAGAUAGCACUGCUUUUGUGGAUGGUUUUAUCUUUUCACUUACAUGUUUUUGUUCUUUGAUCAUCAAAAUAUGUAUUUAAGAUGUGAAAAAGUUCAAGAGACUGGGAAAUUCUGACAACUGGGGACCUUUCUGUAAAUAGUUUGAGCUACAUAUGUGAACAUUUUACUGAAGGUGUGCGACACUGCAUGUUUUAUUUUUGUAUUGAUCUGCACUUUUUAAAUUUCGUUGUUCUUGUGACAAUGACAAUAAAGAUUUAUCUAUCUAUCUAUCUAUACCAAGUAAAUACAAGACCU